AUGAACCACUCGCAAUCGCCUGGGCUGCUCGGUAUAUGCUCGGAAAGAAGAUCUCAAUCGAAGAAUUCCUUGACCGCUUGGACGCCAGCCGUGCGGAUCGACAGAGAGACCAUGGCAUUUCCGUUCCCGAAGCUCCGGCUUCCUCUGACCCGCCCGAGGGUUCACUUGUAUCGCCAACUCAACCCGAAGUUGGCGAGACUGGAAAACCCGAGGCGUAUAACUUCCAGCGAUUCCGAAAGUGACGCCAGCUCUAGUAGAGGCAGUCGGCUAUUCAGCGAGGAGCUCGCAUCUACGAAGCUAUCAUCGCUCGAAGAAGAAACGAAUCAUACAAGCGACACCGAUGUACGCAAGCAGAAGAUCAAGGACUUCUACCGCCACACGGAGACCACUGACAACCGCCCUGGCGAUACCGGUGAUAUCAGGUCCCUGGCUUCGGAACCAGAAGACAUCCAAUCCCAAGACGGGUCAGCAACUGACCAUUGGGCCGUCACAACAGCUGCGGUCAGCUAUCUGGCCGAAGUGUUGGCCGAGGACCCGGACUUGACCCCCCUGUAUCUAGACGCGGCCCAACGCCUGGAAGAUUACCGGUUCCUCGGGAACCACAGACGCUUGCUCAAGAAAUACUACCUGUAUCUGCGCUCACAGACUACAAAUCAGAAACAGAGGGCAGUUAUCGAAUUUCUCAGGCCGCGAAGUCACAGGCAUCUCAUCUCAAGGAGGGUCCUGGAGCAGCUACAGUCGCACGACAAGACGAAGCGGGAAAGAGCGCACGCGGCAUUGCCCCAGGACGAAGAGCGAGACCUGACGCUGGAGCGCUACCUCAACAACGUCGAAACCACUUCGAAGGGCCUCCCUGCAGACGCCAUGGAGACCGCACCGGAUUCCGAUGACGAAAGCUCCAUGGAUGAGGAGGAGGACCACCACAGCAUCAGCGCCCUCGUCGAUCUCGAGGAGACCAGGAGCUUCUUCGUCUCUGGCGUGCCACUGGCUCGGUUCAAAGCCGAGUUUCAAAACUUUCUCGACCCCGGCCGCGAGCGAGUAGAGGAGACGUCGCUGGUGGAGGUUGCUAAGUCGCUUGAACGACCAAAGGUCUUGCGUUGGGGAGCGAGGUUGUCGGCUUGGAUUUUUGACCUUUGUUCUCCCCCGAAGCCUGGCAAUCAGAGAGUCAGGUACAUCUGUGUUCAACUCGUGCCGGUUGGAGAGGCCAUCGUGCCGAACCACUUCAAGUGCGGAGAGUUCCCCCCGUGCUCCGAGGUGAAGGUCGGGAACUAUCUAUACGAGCCGGUGCCAAUGGCCGACGUGGCGCUCGCGUCCAUCCCGCUGUGGCACCUCACGCGGCCCGGCCGACACAGCGACAAGUACUGGAUCAUGACGUUCCCGAAGAAGCUCCGGUAUCCCCUGCGUCGCGAGGCGGGGGUCUACGGGAAGCCGGUCAUCGGAUGGGGCAUACGGGUCAACGAGUGCUUCAACUGGGGCCAGUUCCUGUUCCCUAUUCUGGCGGUGAUCGUGUUGAUCGGUGCAAUCAUGGGCGCUUAUUUGGCGCUGAAGGCGGACGAUUCAUCUGGUUUCGGGCUGGCGGCGUUUCUGGCGGCGGUGGCCGCGAUUUACAUCCCGUACCAGUAUUUCGCUUGGAAGGAGAAGCUUGAAUAG